UCCCGCCUCCGUGGGAUGGGGAAGCGGGGCGAGGGCGGGUCCCCGCCCACGCCGGGUCCCCGCCCACGCCUGCCGCAGAGAACCACUGAGUGGUCGGUUCUGGUUCCGCUCCGGGCCAAUAGGAGCGCGCCGCAGGGCGCGCGCGGGAAAAGCUGUGUGGUGCCUGAGGAGUGUGCGGACGCGGGCUCUUUCCCGCUCUGUCCGCCGCAGGCAGCGCGCGGGCCGAGCUCCCCCUCCCCUCGGCAUGUGGUCGCCGCCCGGGCUCCCCGGAAAGCGCUGGGCUCCAGCAGCGCCAACGCGGGCCCUUCGCCGCCUGCCAAGAAAGUUGAAAGCAAGUAUGCUGGUGGAAAUCCAGUAUGUGUGAGACCAACACCAACCUGGCAAAAAGGGAUUGGAGAAUUCUUCAGGCAGUCCUCGAGACAUGCAGAGAAAGAGAACCAGAUGCCUGAUGAUGAAGAGGCAGGAAGCAGUGGAAUAGGAAGACUUACCAAGAAAGCUCGUCCCUUGACUCCAGAUCCCACAGAAGAUGAUGCAUCCUCUGAAGAUGAGCAAAUAUGAUUCUGUCCUGCCUCUAUUUCUUACUGACUGAGCAUUUCCUAUACUUGAGUUGGGCUUUCUUGUACAUUUUGUAUAUAUCUUUUUUACAUUCAUGAUGGCUUUUUUGUUUAGUUAUUGUACAGAACUUUAAAUUAACAUUAGGCUUUUUACUCAAUCAUCCUUAGAACUACUUCAAAGGUUUGAGUGAUUGCAAGGAAGUUUCUGGUAAAAUUAAUAUAUAUAUCUCUUGGAGCUUAGCAUUCAUUAUAAAGCACGGUUUAAGUUGUCUUUUUUUUAUCAUCUUGCUUAAAAUGGCUUUCUUGGCUUCCCUAAUGAUUCCACUGUAGUGUGCUGCUUAUGGUGUUGAAGACUGGUGCCAUAUUUGUGCUUUACUGUCUAAAAGGCAGUCUGAUUUUUUUCUAUUAAAUGGAAGUAUUUUAUAAAGAAA